CAAAAAUAACAGAGACGAACCCGUAAAAAUCUUCAAGGUGCGCGCCGAUGAAGAACUACUGAGAUUAUUAUUAUACAAUAAUUGGCUGGUUUAGACUCUUCUGAUCUUCGAAUAUGGCGACUGCGGAAGAGACGACGUUGUCUCCGGCGAAUUCGUUCGGUUCUGUGGUUCUCGGCGGAACGUUUGAUCGAUUACACGAUGGGCAUCGAAUGUUCCUUAAGGCGGCUGCAGAGCUGGCCAGGGAUCGGAUCGUAGUUGGAGUAUGUGAUGGUCCAAUGUUGACUAAUAAGCAAUUCACUGAAAUGAUACAACCCAUUGAAGAAAGGAUGCGUAAUGUGGAGAACUAUGUCAAGUCUAUUAAGCCCGAGCUGGUUGUACAAGCUGAACCUAUUACGGAUCCAUAUGGUCCUUCUAUCGUUGAUGAAAAUUUGGAAGCUAUUGUUGUCAGCAAAGAGACAUUACCUGGUGGGUUGUCAGUCAACAGAAAAAGAGCAGAAAGAGGGCUUUCACAACUUAAGAUUGAAGUUGUGGAAAUAGUUGCUGAUGGCUCGAGUGGAAAUAAGAUAAGUUCGAGUACUCUGAGGAAGUUGGAGGCUGAGAAAGCCGAGAAACAAAAACAACCCGCAGAAGAAAAAACAUUAUUGAUGAUAUUCCUCGCAACAUCAAUAAAGGGUAAAGACUUUUGCAUACCUUUGACUGAAACGCCAUUGUUGAAUCGCGUUUACUCUCUCUCUCUCUCUCUUUUGCAGUUCUUUCUCCCGAAGAAAACUGAAACAUCCCGUUUCAGAGAUAACGAAGAUCCUUACUCUGUUUCACAAACCCCAUCACCGGUUGUACAAGAGAAGAUGAAUGAUCUAAUGACGAAAUCGUUCUUAAGUUAUGUUGAAUUGAAGAAACAAGCGAAGAAAGAUAUGGAAUCUGAUCGUGAUUUGGAGAAAGGUGAAGACUUUAAGUUCGAUUUCAGCCCAGCGGAUGAAGAGAACCUCUCUGGUUUCUUCCAAGAAAUCGAAACCAUCAAAACCCUAAUCGAAGAGAUCACUCAUCUCUUACUCGAUCUCCAAAACCUAAACGAAGAGACCAAAUCUACUCACAGCGCCAAGAUCUUACGCGGGUUAAGAGACAGGAUGGAAUCAAACAUCGUCACCAUCUCUCGCAAGGUCAACAGAGUCAAAACCCUAAUCGAGGCUUUGGAGAGGAGCAACGUCGCGAACCGUGCGAGUUUCAAGGAAGGGUCUUGCGUGGACAGGACAAGAACUUCGAUAACUAAUGGAGUUAGGGCGAAACUGAGAGAUACGAUGAGUGAGUUCCAUCGUCUGAGGGAAAAGAUCUUUGCUGAUUACAGAGAAGAUCUCAAAAGGAAGUAUUUUUUAGCGACUGGUGAAGAACCAAGUAAUGAGGACAUGGAGAAGAUGAUCUCUGGAUCUGGGUCUGGUUCUGAUUUGGUUAAGACGUUUGAAGUGAGGCCAGAGAUGGAUUUGAAGACUAAAGAGAGACAUGAAGCGGUGAAUGAUAUCAAGAGGAGUCUUAACAGGCUUCAUCAAGUGUUUCUUGACAUGGCUGUUCUUGUUGAGACUCAAGGAGAUCGGAUUGAUGACAUUGAAGCUAAUGUGGCUAAUGCAGGGAGCUAUGUCAGUGGAGGAACCAACAGUUUGUAUUAUGCUAAUCAGAUGAAGAAGAAGACUAAGAGUUGGGUUCUUUGGGUUUCGAUUUUGGGUGUUCUUAUUCUCCUUGUGUGUGUCAUCUCAAUGCUUGCUUCUCGUUGAGUGUUUUUGAGGAGA